AUGACCAGAAUUAGACGAGGAUAUAUAGCUCGGAGGCGUAGAACAAAAAUUCGUUUAUUCACAUCAAGCUUUCGUGGGGCUCAUUCAAGACUUACUCGAACUAUUAUUCAACAAAAAAUAAAAGCUUUGUUUUCGGCCUAUCGGGAUAGAGAUAGGCACAAAAGAAAUUUUCGGUGUUUAUGGGUCACUCGUAUAAAUGCAGCAAUUCGCGAGAAUGCAGUAUCCUAUAGUUAUAGUACGUUAAUAAACAAUCUGUACAAGAGACAGUUGCUUCUUAAUCGUAAAAUACUUGCACAACUAGCUAUAUUAAAUAGGAAUUGCCUUUAUCUGAUUUCCAAUGACAUGAUAAAAUAA